ACCUACGAACUCAAAGGGAACCACCCAUUCUCAUAAAUAUUCAAUUAAUCCAUGUGUAGAUGACUUAGAGAAAAUAUGGUACAGGAAGAGGUAGAGGUAGAUGUGGAGAUCAAAUCUAUGGCUGAUAAGUUCCACAUGUUCGCCAGGAGAUCACAACAUGUUUCCAAAGCCACUCGCUACAUUCAGGGAUGUGAUCUGCUCGAAGGCGAGUGGGGCAAAACUGGAAGCAUACUCUUGUGGAAAUUAACUCCUGUACAUGGAGAGCCAAGAGUGUCAAAGGAUAGGAUCGAGGCCAUGGAUCUUGAGAAUAAUGUGAUCCAGUGGAGGGUGUUGGAAGGACCUUUGAAGAAAGAGCACAAGAGCUUCUUGAAAACGAUGAAGGUGAGCCCUAAGAAAGGGGAGCCUGGAAGUGUGGUGAAGUGGAACAUGAGGUAUGAACGACUUGAUGAGAACGUGGCUCACCCAGAGAGGCUCCUUCAGUUCUUCGUCAAAGUGAUUAAGGAUAUUGACCGAUACCUCUUGUCUGAUGAUUAGGGGACUCUUCUGCUUGGCGUAUGUGUGGUAGAGUUAUUAUAUGCGUAAGGAAUCUUCUAUUCUUAUGUACGUUUUGUAUGUCUUUCUCGAUAAUGUGAUAAUGUUCACUCUCCGUUCAAAAAUAAAAAUAAUAAGAAGAGAAGAUAAAAAAUAAGAUAAAUCUACCUUCCAGA